CACAUGGGCCAGAACUCAGAACCACACCUCAGCUUUGUUCCUGCUUAAAAGCCACUUUAUUCAUUCUUAUUUUCACACAUUCAAACUUUUUUUACACACACACACACACUAAUCAUAUCACACUUCCCCUUCUUCUUCUUCUUCCCCAAAUAUUCCAACAUCUUCUUCUUCCCAACAUAAUUAAUUUCCAUGGAAUCUACUGCACCACCACCGCUGUCAGUCCAGCAAACCCUAGAAGAAGACCAAAAAUGUCAACUACCACAAACCCCAAAUAAUCCCUCCUCCUCCUCGUCAAAACCCACCAAGCUGAAAAGCUUCGUCGCCUCCGUAAUGGAGUCCGCCGCCGUCCUCCGCCGCACACCGUCCUUCAAAGAAGACACAUACCUAAUCUCCCACCUGAAAACCUCCGAGAAGAAAGCACUCAAAGAACUGAAAGACACCAUCCUCUUCAACCUCCCACCCGACUCCUCCAUGUGGGGCAUCCAACUCACCGGAACCUCCGACCCACGCGCCGACGUCAUCCUCCUGAAAUUCCUCCGCGCGCGUGAUUUCCGCGUCCAAGACUCCAUCGCCAUGCUCAGAAAAUGCCUGGCCUGGAGGAAGGAGUUCGGCGCCGACGUCGUUUCGGAGGAGGAGCUGGGCUUCAAAGAACUCGAAGGCGUCGUCGCCUACAUGCACGCAUUCGACAGAGAAGGCCACCCCGUCUGCUACAACGCGUACGGCGUCUUCAAGGACAAGCAAAUGUACGACAAAAUCUUCGGAGAUGACGAUGAUGACGUCAAGCUGACAAAAUUCUUGAGGUGGAGGGUUCAGGUUCUUGAGAGAGGGAUCAAGCUUCUCCAUUUCAAACCUGGCGGCGUUAAUUCCAUUAUCCAGGUCACUGAUCUCAAAGACAUGCCUAAACGAGAGCUCAGAUCAGCUUCCAACCACAUUCUCUCUCUCUUUCAAGACAAUUAUCCUGAGAUGGUUGCCCGGAAGAUCUUUGUUAAUGUACCUUGGUACUUCAGCUUGCUGUAUUCAAUGUUUAGUCCAUUUCUUACUCAGAGAACCAAGAGUAAGUUUGUCAUCUCCAAGGAAGGAAAUGCUGCUGAAACCCUUUACAAAUUCAUUAAGCCGGAGGAUGUGCCGGUUCAGUACGGCGGGCUCAGCCGGCCAGGUGAUGAUAUUUCCGGUCCGCCCAAACCGGCGUCAGAGUUCACAGUCAAGGGAGGGGAGAGGGUGAACAUUCAAAUCGAGGGCAUUGAGGGUGGUGCAACAAUAACGUGGGACAUAGUGGUGGGAGGCUGGGAAUUAGAAUACAGCGCUGAAUUCGUACCGAAUUCCGACGCUAGCUACACGGUGGCGGUGGAGAAGCCACGGCGGAUUGCGGCCAAUGAAGAGGCGGUGCACAACUCCUACACCACCAGGGAAGCCGGAAAAUUGGUGCUCUCCGUUGAUAACACCGCCUCUCGCAAGCGGAAGGUCGCUGCCUACCGUUACGUGGUCCGCAAAUCCCCAAUUAAUAUUUAAUUACUUUAAUAAAAUUUGAUUUUGCUCUUUUUUUUUUUUUUUUUUGGGUUUACAGCUUUUGCUAUUUCCAGGGAUUGUCUGCUUAUAUUAUUUUAUUAUUAUUAUUAUAUAUGUACUCUCCUGUCAUGUCAUAUGUAAAAAUGGUGGGUAUUGUAGCAUGAAUUGGUGAAUCUGAUUUAUUGAACUUAAUUUAAUUUUGAUUUUGAUUUUAGUAGAGU